CUGUCAUGAAUGUAAUUCACGUCAUUUGUAUUGUAUAUUGAUGCACUUGUAUAUUUGUUUGUUCUCUGAAGUAUUUGUUUGUUUGGUUUGUGGGGUGGGAACUAUAAUUGUGCGGUCGGUUUCGGGGGGGACAUGUUUUGGUGUUACAAAGCUGUGAGGUCAGUUACGAUGGAACCACAGCAACGGGAUUGUCAUUUUCAUGUAGCUCCCAUAAGUGGUGAUGGUUCCUAGAGUUUGCUCGUUCCCUCUUGGACGUGUGCAGCCAGUGAGUUCGACGGUGGAUACCAACGUUUUUCCAAAUGGUGGAAUAAAUCCGGCAGUACGAAUCAUGGUCUCGUGUGUUUCCUGGAGGGAGUGAUAGUCGAACUCAAACCUGCGUGAACCGUUCCCGACCUGCUCGUCAAGACGGAUCACAGAUAAACAACUUUUACGUUAAAGGACACACAAGUUCACCUAUUUUCAGACGUCCAUAAGUCAGGCACGGAAGUGUGUUCUGAAAGGACAAAAGGACUGAAAAAUAGAAGGGAAAGAAGUACCACAAGGAGCUGUGUGAAGCCAAUUAACAUAACGGUGUUUAUCAGGUAUGAAGGAGCAUGUACGUAAGUGAGUGUUACAGCUGAACUUUGUCUUUUGUUUGUGAUUUGAGAAAAGUAUUAAUUUCUUAAAGAAGUUGUGUGCAUUGAAGAAAGGUAUCAUUUUGACAGGAGUAAUAUAUGAUAUCUGCAAGUCUUUAUAAUGCCUAGUUCAAAGGGUUAAGUUAAAGGAAAGUAACCUAUUAUUUUGGGGUAUUUGGUAAAUGCUUGUUGUGAAAUGUAUUGGUUAUUUGUGAAACUUGAUAGUGUACAGCCUGCUUACAAAUAAUUUAAAAUGUCACAAAUAAGCAAAGAUAGUCAUUAUGAAGGCGCACUCAUAGAACAAGAGACAAGGAAGAUCGAUGAGUCCUGCGUCCUACAAAAAGAAGUUCAGCCAGAAGAGCUGCGAAAAGGUGAAAGAGCCCGCACAUUAACAGAAAAAGGAAGAGAAUUUCAAAGAGAAAAAACAAAAGGGCUACUACUUCGCUUUGACAGCAUAUAUGAACGUUGGAAGGCUUUAACUAAGCUGGCAAAGAAAUCUGUAACAAGACAGGAUCCCAGUAACAUCCUACAAGAAAACAUCAACACUAUUCAAAGAGAAUUAUCUGAGCUGAAUAAUGUUUAUGACGAAUACAGAAGGAUGGACAGCCCAGCUCACGAAAUGCGCCGCAAGCUGGACAAUUGCACAUCAGUCACAAAAGUCGUCGUACAAAACGCACAAUCUCAAAUCCAGGGCAUAGAAGAAGAACUGAUUUGGCCAGAUGCAAGCUCUGUAUUUGCAUCUACAACGUCGAGCGUUUCAUCUCCAAACUCCAAGCGUUCGAGGGCCAUUUCCAAUCGCUCUAAUGCAUCCUCGAUUAAAAGACAAGAAGCUGCUGCAGAGUAUGCAGCCACCCAAGCUGUGUUAAAGAUUAUGGCUGAACAAGAUUGCCAGCAAGAGAAACUGCAAAGACUUGAAGUUGAAGAUAGACUGAUAGUUGCAGACCAAGAAGCAGCUGCACGUACUCGCCGUCUUCAGCAAGAAAGAGAAGAGACUGAGCGUAAGAUAGAAAAGGAGAAGCAAGAAGCUACUCUCUUAAAGAAACAGCAAGAAGAAAAUGCUGAAAGGAAAAAAUCUGUAGAGGACCUGAAAAGAGAGCUUGAGCGUUUGGAAGAGCUAAAGAGACUGAAUGCAGCCAGAGCAAGGCUUCAAAUCUACAAUGAAGAUACGUUCCAACCAGAGCAAGAGCUAACAUCAUGUAGGUUUGAGUUGCCUAUGCCUGAGCAAGCAAUUAAUCAGGAGAACCCUGUGAAUCCACAACGUCAACCUCUAGGAGAAGUAGCUCCGAGCAGCAUACUUCAAAACGAAACAGGAGAGCUGGUGAAGGUUCUAGCUGAAGCAAUAUCAGCAAAUAGACUACCCAUUCCAGAGCCUACCAUCUUUAGUGGAGAUCCACUCAAGUUUAACCAUUGGAAGUCUUCUUUCCAGACACUAGUGGAGAGAAAAAAUAUUCCAACCACAGAAAAAAUCUUCUUCCUCCAGAAAUAUGUGGGAGGAGCAGCAAGGGAAGCUCUGGAAGGUUACUUUCUGAUUGAUUCAGAACAUUCAUAUUGCGCAGCAUGGAACCUACUCAACGAACGAUACGGAGAUCCGUUCGUAAUUGCCAAAGCCUUCAGAGACAAGUUACAUGCAUGGCCAAAACUAGCCUCUAGAGAGAGUGCCGAGUUGAGAAGAUUUGUGGACUUCUUACGUAGCUGUGAAGCUGCUAUUGUUCACAUUGAAAGCCUAAAGGUUCUUAACGAUGACAUUGAAAAUCAAAGACUCACUGCCAAACUACCUGACUGGUUGAGUACUAGAUGGAACCGAAGAGCCACACAAUAUCAAAUGGAACACAGAAGAUUUCCUAGCUUUAAUUAUUUUGUUACAUUCCUGACAAUGGAAGCUAAUAUUGCAUGCAACCCAAUAACCUCUUACCAUGCAUUACAACAAAGCCAACCUGAUAAAGCGAAGAUCAAGAGCCAAACCAUAGUGGCCACUAAAGCCCAAAGUGCAAGGAUCUUCACAACCAAUGCAAGUGAAAGAACCAUACCCACAUGUGUGUUUUGCAAGAAGUUAGGACACAGUCUACACAAGUGUCACAGAUUUGUCGAAACACCAGUUGCUGAUCGAGUGAAGUUCAUUCAAAGCGAGAGACUAUGCUUCGGAUGUUUGAGCCCCGGUCAUCAAUCCAAGAGUUGCAGUAGCCGGCUGGCCUGUGACACCUGCUCAAAACGUCAUCCUACAUGCUUACACGAAGAUCGCUCAAAGCAAGAACAAAGGAGAGAAUCUUCUAAAGAAAUGAGCUGUAGCAAUGAAAGAAAGCCACAAUCAACACAACGACAAGACAACAUCAAGGAAAGCACAUCUAACAGAGUUGUGCAAGAUGGAAACAGUACACAGACUUCAGCAAUAGUUCCUGUUUAUGUGUCAACUCUAAAGGAUUCAAACAAGGAAGUUCUUGUCUAUGCACUGCUAGAUUCACAAAGCGAUUCUUCAUUCAUUCUUGAGGAAGUAGCAAACGUUCUGGAUACAGACAUGGAACCAGUGAAUUUGAAAUUAUCGACAAUGUCGUCAAAGGGAACGAUUGUACCUUGUAAAAGACUCAAAGACUUACAAAUAAGAGGGCUAUUCUCCUCUAAGAAGAUAACAGUACCAACAAUAUACAGUCGCGAAUUCAUACCAGCUAAUAGGACACAUAUUCCAACUCAAGAGACUGCUAAAGCAUGGCCUCAUCUGCAACAUCUCGCAGAACACAUUGCACCACCAAAAGAAUGCGAAAUUGGUCUGCUUAUUGGGUACAACUGCCCUCAAGCGCUAAUGCCUAGAGCAGUCGUGUGUGGGGAAGAUGACCAACCCUUCGCUCAGAAAACUGAUCUAGGUUGGAGCAUAGUGAGUUAUGGGGACCCACUGGAGCACUACAGUGAUGUAAUUGGAGUAAGCCAUCGCAUCAUCGUAAAGCAAGUGACACCUGAAACAAACCCGAAGGUCAAGCUCAAAAGAGAAGUUCAUUACGUCUGCAAGACUCAGAUCAAGGAAGUGAUCAGUCCAGAGGAUGUAAUUAAGGUGCUGGAAUCUGACUUCAGUGAAAGGUUGGUGGAAGAUGUCACUGUCUCUCAGGAGGACCUCCUCUUCUUGGCCAAGCUGAGAGAGGGAAUCAAACACAAACCAGAUGGUCAUUAUGAAAUGCCCUUACCAUUCAAACGAGACAGACCAACUCUACCAAACAACAAGUCAUGUGCUGUGCAGCGUUUAAGGUGCUUGGAACGGAAGCUCAAGAGAGACCAUAAAUACUGCUCAGACUACGUCAACUUCAUGAAGGACGUCAUCGCUCGGGGCGACGCAGAAAGAGUUCCAGAAGAAGAACUAGACAAUCAACCAGCCUGGUAUAUUCCCCACCACGGAGUAUACCACCCUCACAAGCCUGGGAAGAUCCGCGUUGUUUUUGAUUGUUCAGCUAGGUUCAAAGACACAUCACUGAAUGAUCACCUUCUUACAGGACCAGAGCUCACAAACACCUUGGUGGGAGUUCUAUGCAGAUUUCGCAGGUGCCCAGUUGCGGUUAUGUGCGAUGUGGAGCGAAUGUUCCAUCAGUUCCAUGUAAGACCUGAAGACCAAGACUACCUGAGGUUCUUAUGGUGGGAGAAUGGCGACUUGGAGUCUUCACCGUCAAUUUUCCGGAUGAAAGUUCACCUGUUUGGGGCAGCCUCCUCACCUGGUUGUGCCAAUUUUGGUCUUAAACAUCUAGCUGCUGAAAGUCGGGACCAAUUUGACCAGAAGACAGUUAAAUUUAUCGAAAGAAAUUUCUAUGUUGACGAUGGACUGGUCAGCGUGGCGUCUGAUGCUGAGGCAAUCAACCUCAUCAAAGAAGCAAGACAGCUUUGCAGCACAGGCAAGCUCAGACUGCAUAAGUUUGUGUCUAACAGCGGCAAUGUAUUAAAAGCCAUACCAAAGGAAGAGUGCGCUGAAAGCGUCAAAGACCUCGACAUGGCUCUCGGAGAGCCACUCAUGGAAAGAGCUCUCGGUGUUCAAUGGUGUCUGUCCUCUGAUGACUUUCAGUUCAGAGUCGCAGUCAAGGAGCACCCACUGACAAGAAGAGGGGUGCUAUCUACGGUAGCCUCCAUCUACGACCCAUUAGGGUUCGUAGCCCCAUUUAUUCUCCUCGGAAAGCAGAUAUUGCAGCAACUGUGUCGAGACAAAGUUGGUUGGGACGAGCCACUCCCAGAAGAAACCAGAACACAGUGGGAAUCAUGGCUACAAGAUCUUCAAAACUUAUCUGAUGUAAGGAUCAAAAGGUGCUAUGUUCCAGCAAACUUCAGUGAAGUCAAACAGUACCAGCUUCACCACUUCUCCGACGCCAGCGUCACAGGCUACGGGGAGUGCACUUAUCUCAGAGCCAUCAACACCAGCGGAGAUGUACACUGUUCAUUAGUCAUGGGUAAGGCACGUGUUGCACCGACAAAGGUCACCACAAUACCCCGACUUGAGUUAUCUGCAGCAGUAGUAGCAGCAAGGAUAAGUGUCAUGCUUAGAAAUGAGCUCGAGAUCAAUGGCCUUCAAGAAUACUUUUGGACGGACUCAAAGGUUGUUCUGGGAUAUAUAAACAAUGAGGCAAGAAGGUUCCACGUGUUUGUGGCAAACAGAAUCCAAAGAAUUAAAUCAACUUCAGAUCCCCAGCAAUGGCGAUUUGUACGCUCUGAAGACAAUCCGGCGGAUCAUGCUUCAAGAGGUCUAAAGGCAGAUCAGCUCGUCAGUUCUACUUGGUUCAAAGGCCCAGAGUUUCUGUGGAAACAAGAGUUGCCCGUAGAAGAUGUUAAAGCGAAUGAGGUCAUUGACAGCGAUCCAGAACUUCGAAAGGCCCAGGCGUUCAACACCAAAGCAAAGGAGGAAAGGACACUGCUAGACCGCUUGACAAAAUUCUCUGACUGGAAAAGAGCUGUUAAAGCUAUUGCUCGGCUCAAACACUACGCAAAGCAGGUCAAAGGUCUCAUUUCUAAAACAAGUCAAGUCACAUGCGUCGGGGAAAGAAAGGAAGCUGAGCUUUUCAUAAUCAAAUUGGUUCAAACGGAAGCAUUUGGCAAUGAAAUCAAAAGCAUAAAGAAAUGCAAGAACGUCAACCCAAAAGACAAAACAAACAAGCUACACAAGCUAUGUCCCUUCAUAGAUGAGUAUGGUUUGCUAACACUACCAUGA